GGGCUCUCCCCACUCUUCCUCUCUCCCCAACCCUCUCUCCUCAGAGCUUCCUCUCUCUUGGCCUGAUCCUGACCACCAUGGCGUACCCCCUGGAGAAGGCCCUCGAUGUGAUGGUGUCCACCUUCCACAAGUACUCGGGCAAGGAGGGUGAUAAGUUCAAGCUCAACAAGUCAGAGCUAAAGGAGCUUUUGACCCGGGAGCUGCCCAGCUUCUUGGGGAAAAGGACAGAUGAAGCCGCGUUCCAGAAGCUGAUGAGCAACCUGGACAGCAACAAGGACAACGAGGUGGACUUCCAGGAGUACUGCGUCUUCCUGUCCUGCAUCGCCAUGAUGUGCAACGAGUUCUUCGAAGGCUUCCCGGAUAAACAGCCCCGGAAGAAAUGAAGGCUCCUCGGGUGUGGGUGAGGGGCCUGCCGGCUGGGUCUUCCCUGUCGGCAGUGGGCACAGUGCCUCACCCCGGCUCCCCUAGAGCGUAAGCUCAGUACUGAGCAAGUUCAAUAAAGAUUCUUGAACACUA